UAAAACUCUAUGUUAGCUACGCAUGACUCUUGAGGCUAAAGUAAAUAAUCACAAAAACAAAAUGGUUUCUUGUUUCUAAAAGUGUUUAUUAUAUUUUUGUUAACAACGAAUUAUAAGGAUUUAGCGAUGAACGUCAACUUUCUGAUGUGGAGAUAUGGGGUGGGAAUGCCAAUAGAUCGCUAGUUUAGCAAAAUUGGCUUUUCUGCAUUAUGAGGGAAAUGGUAGGAGGCUGUUGUGUGUGUUCUGAUGAUAGAGGUUGGACUGAGAAUCCCCUUGUGUAUUGCGAUGGACAAUCUUGUUAUGUUGCGGUUCAUCAAGCCUGUUAUGGUAUAGUGACUGUCCCAACAGGCCCUUGGUUUUGCUGCAAGUGCGAAAGUCAAGAUAAAUCCACCAAAGUGAAGUGUGAAUUGUGCCCCAGCAAAUAUGGAGCGCUCAAACGUACAGAUAACCAAGGUUGGGCCCAUGUGGUGUGUGCGCUUUAUAUUCCCGAAGUCCGAUUUGGAAAUGUGUCUACAAUGGAACCUAUUCAGUUGCAUUUAAUUCCAGCCGAACGGUUCAACAAGGUGUGCUAUAUCUGCGAAGAAAAAGGGAAACCAGCCAAUGCAACUGUUGGUGCAUGUAUGCAAUGCAAUCGCGUUGGAUGUAAACAGCAGUUUCACGUAACUUGUGCUCAAAGUUUGGGGCUUUUAUGUGAAGAGGCUGGGAAUUACUUAGACAACGUCAAGUAUUGCGGCUAUUGCCAGCAUCAUUAUAGUAAAUUGGUAAGGAUCCAGAAUAUUUUAAAGAAGAAAGGCGGCCACGUCAAAACCAUUCCUCCAUAUAAGCCAGUUAGUGACAACCAUAAUUCCGAUUCAAACUCUGAAAAAGAGGCGGAACCAGGAACUUCCACAAAGACCAGCCCAUCGCAGGCUGCAGGCAAGCGAAAAUCCGGAUCUGGAGGAAAGACUAAUACGACAAAAGUGUCUACUUCCAGUAAACCAACAGGUUCAUCUCAACAGAAGACUGCCCAUAGCAAUAAUAAAGGGUCUGGUGAUAAAAGAGCAUCAAGCUCAAAGACUGGCAAAGCUGAGGAAACGUUAACUUCAGCUUCUUCGGCUUCCGAGAAGUCAGAUAAAAAAGACAAUCGAAGUGACUCAGUUUCGGAAUCUGACAAAGAAUCAAAAGAUAAAGACACGAAAAGUGUAAAAAGACGCAAAGGCAGUUCAAGGACGCCUACACCAGUGCAAAGUGAAGUUAGUGUUGUUGUUAGUGCAGGAUUAGCUGCUGACGUUAUUGUGCCGACCACAAGUGCCCAACUCUUAACACAAACGGACAAGAAAAACUGUGCGUCUACUAUAGAAAAUACUGCUGACAAACUGAAAAGGAUAAAAUUAGACACAACUCAAUUGAUAAUCUCCAAUCAACCGGUCGUUGCUUUAACGUCCAUAUCAACAACCAAAAUCAGUUCACCCUGUACAAUAACCACGUCGGACUCAACAGCUCAGAGUGAAGCUGCACCAGCAGCUGUGCCUACACCGUCUAUUAUUCAAAUCGCUCAGGCGCAAAGUCACCAGCCACACCAAUCCCUAGUGGUAUCAGUGCCCUUAGCUAACACAAGCUUAAGUCCACAUCAUCCUCUAGUGGCUAAUCCCGCAAACCCCUUGACUGUUAUGCCCUUUGCUGUUGCUGCAACGGAGAAAAAUAGUGUUAAUACACCAGAAAAAAAUUCAUCAGUAACUCCUAUAUUAUCUGAUAACGUAAUAAUGCCUUCAAACAAUAGCUCCCAGGGACUGCUCAGUUCCGAAAUGAGCGGCGGUGGUUUAAAAAUCACUUUCGAAAAGCAGCCGGAUUCGAUUAAUACUGAAGUCGAUAUGGAAUUGGAACUCGAUACACCAUCGACAAUUCAGGAAGUACCUACUGCUAAAAGAACCAGAUCUCAAUCUCACGAAAAGACUGACCGAACUACCCGAGGCAAGAAACGCAAUAGCACUGGAAAUAGCACUAACAAUCCUCAAAAUCUGGCUACCAGUUCACUUCCAGCGACAAUGCCAAAACGAUCUAUCCGAUCACAGCAAUCAGCUUCACCUCCUGUCAUAUUAUCUCAACAGCAGCAACACCAGCCAGGGGCUUUUGCUGCAAUAUCACAGGAGAAAAUUAAAGAUUCUCCUCCAAGUAGUCCAAGUUCCGAGAGUCAAGGACCGUCAUCCAAUACGCAAAACAUAGGUAGAAUGAAGGGUCGCAAAAGUGCUCCGGCCGCAGUCAAUGUGAUACAAACGCUCUCCAAGGAGGAUAAAAAAGAAGUUAAAAUGUUUCAGAAUGGUGUGACUACGGCGCCUCAUAUGUUAGGCAAUCAACUAAAUCCCACCUCGAAUAUGCAUCAAAAGAUGACUGACCACCUAAGUAAUGAGCUUGAAGCGCAUAGCAUUUACAAUAACUCAAACGAUGCGAGUCAAAACCUAAUGGGGCCACAAUUACAUCAUCGCAUUGUUCAAUCGACGAGAGCAAGCAGCACAGGUUCGAGUACAGCUUCAGGGGGUAGUGGGUUAUCUUCAAUGCUGGGUGGCGGAGGUGGCGCAAUACCACAAACCUUAGAUCAACUUUUAGAGCGACAAUGGGAACAGGGCUCACAGUUUCUUAUGGAACAAGCUCAACAUUUUGAUAUUGCGUCACUGCUAUCUUGUUUGCAUCAAUUGAGGGCUGAGAAUGUGCGUUUAGAGGAUCAUGUAAGUUCUUUGCUUCAGAGAAGAGAUCAUUUGUUGGCGGUUAAUGCUCGGCUAGCUAUUCCACUAACUGGACAGCCAGCCGCUGCUCCGCCACAAUCAUCGCAUACAGUGAACAACAUUCAUCCAAGUAUUCCGGUUAGCCAUAGUGAUAUUACGAGAUCCAGACAUAGUACAGGGUCUUACGAUCGCUAUCCGCAAAGUUCUCUACCUGUUCCUGUAGAAAAUGGAUUACUGCCAGAUGCUUACGCUCCUAAUUCGCACCGAGAUUCUGUAGGAAGUGGACAGCCCAGUCCAAACGUAAGACACUCUCCAGCAGCGAUCUACUCCAACAAUGGUUUACUCAGGCAGUGCGCCGACAUCGGGGGCAGAUCGGCGCCCCCUCGGGCUCAGCCCUACCCCGUCUAUGAGCGCCCCGGCUCCUCUCAUUCCACUUCUUCGCAACAGAUGGUAAUACGAAGAGAACGGGAAAGAGAGCAGGACAUUUUUGGGCACAGUUCGCAGCCGAGCUGAAGUUUAAUGUUUUUAAUGGAUUUUAGCUCUUUGUGUGACGGAUCUAAGUUUUAAACAGCUCGAAAUUAUUCAUCGACUGAAUAUUUUAUCUAGUUAUAAUUUAUCAUUUUAGAAUACUUUUAAAAUGCCUCCUUUUGAUUCGUUUUUAUAUUACAUAUUUACCUUCUUAUUGCACGUCGAUAUAUGUUUUAAUGAUUUAAUUUUAUUGCUAUUUGUUCAUACAAUAUCAAACAUUAAAAAGAUUUGCAUUAUAUACGGUGUGCAUCAAGCUGUGUUCAGUUCAUUUUGAUAGGAAAGUUUUUCUUAAUCAAAAUAUCUGCGACAAAAAUUUGUUUUCUAGGAAGUUUUAUUUUUUAAAUACGCUUUUAUGGGGGUCAAUGGUACACAUCCAUAGAAGCGUUUACAAUAGUUAGAAGUUUAAGAACCUAAUUUGGUUGGGGAAACACUUCGCAGUUUCAAAGCAACUAAAUCUUACAAUUAAAUGGAAUUUUAGUGGCCAAAACCAUUUUCUUCAAGUCUAAGUAAGAGUUACUUGUUCUGAUUAGUUAAAAACAGCCGUUUGAAAUCGACUAAAAUUGUUGAUAAAUUUACAGUCAUAUCAGUUGCAAAACCCGUGUUCGAAUCGUGUAGGAAUGUAGAACUUAAGGGCAAUAGUGUUUGAACAAGAAAAAAUGUUUUUACUUGUGCGAAUCAGUCACUGUAGAGUAGUUCUGAGCUCAGGGAAAGACUUAAAUAAUAGGAACUUUAAAUUAAAGUGUUACAUUAAGGUAAUACCAGCAAGUUGGCCAUAUUAAAAUAGUCUAGCGUUUGGUAUUAUUUGGUAAUCAAUAUUAGCAUUUUCAUAGAAUACGUUCAGUACUAGUAAUAGAAGCAUAUUUCUAGUUCAUAAACUUUUCCUAGGUAAAGAAGAUCCUAAAAUCUGUAAAAAUGUAGCAGCAAAUAAAAUAAGUAAGUUGAUCAGCAGAGACAUGCUAAUAAUGAAUACCUAAUAAUUCAGUCAACUUCUUAUAUAUGAUGGUAGUCAAUAAUGUAAUCUUAAGUAUGAAAUCGAUUUAUUCAGAUGCUAUAAUUUUUUAACGCCGCAAAAGGAAAUCCCUAUUUUCGCAAACGAUUCGAAAGAAAAUAUAUGAUUUGGUUGCACUUAAAGGGAUUUCAAGUGGAAUGUAUCAUUUAUCUACACCUUAAAAUAACAACUAGCGCAACAAUUAUCUUUUUUUAAAUUGAAAGUUAACAAUAUUAAUCCUCUGCACCGAGUCUCAAUAGUGCUUUGUUGGCAUGUGGUUAUUAUUAUGGGAAAUACCAUUUGAAAUCACUUGUAAGUCAAAUCGUAGUCGAAGUAGCUGAAUAGAACUGUAUAUUUUGUACAAUUUUAAGUUUGUUUUGUUGUAUGUUUUGUAAUAUACAGUUGGUAGGAAA